AAAGAGUCGGCCCAUAGUAAUUCCCUCUUAAGGGUGUUCUGAUUUGGUGAAGCCCAUCAAUAACCGCGAUUUUUUCUCCUUCCCUGCUUCAACUCUAUUCGAAAUUUCACUUUGCAGAGAUCCUCCUCCAUGGAUAGCCGGAAAAGCAACGAGAAAACGAAGUCGUCGACAACCUCAACUGUGGAAUUGCCACCACCAAUCUCAGCCUCAGAAGCCCUUAUGGUCAAUGCAUUAUGCGUUUUGCUUGGCCUUCGCCUUCUAGAUUGCGAACACUGUCUACUCCAUCGAACUCGUUACUCAUCCUUCUCUCACACUCUUCUUCAUCUGGAUUACAGAGCUCCCCAUUAUGACCCUUCUAUACAGUCGAUAUCAUCAACAAAAUCGAAAGCAAUGCACGGUAACAGCGUGUUCCUUAAUUUAUCCGAAAUCAAGCAAUUCUAUGAUUUCUGGGGUUAUUCUAAAGUUUUUGUCGUGUGACUUUUGUUCUUUGUA